UGCGCAAGAAGGGGCGAGCGGAAGCGCACGCCAGCUCUCGGACUACAUAUGCAUGCAGUGAAGAUAGCAGACGCCGCGACUGCCAUCCACGACCACAUUCAGGCCGUUUUCACUGGACGAGCCCGUGCUACGGUCCGAGAAGACGAGGUCAUAUGAGGCCGGCUCACGCUUCGUCGCGCUGCCAUUGGCUUCCAGCUAUUCUAGCGUCCAACGCAGGCACAGAACGCCCAACGUCCCGGGUUCCCCAUUCAUCCUUUCUUGAUCCCUGCGCUCCACCUUUAGCUUCCGUUUUCCCAUUCCCCUCGCUUUCAAGAUGCACACGGGGGGCAUGCAAGCGCGCGGAUAGGACUCCGCGUAACGGCCGUUUGGGUCCAUUAUCAAAUCGUUGCCCUUUUAUCUACAGCGGAUGCGGGGUUAACCCAACCUGGAUCCGCCCACCAUGAAGGAGAUCGCCCAAGAAACCCGUGCCUCCGCGUCCAGCCUCGAGAAACGCAUCGAGGUCUUCGAGGAAGUGGCCCCGAGCGUCGAUGAAGGCCCUCCUCCUCCCGAGCUCACUAUCGAGCAGGAAAAGAGAUUGUACAGGAAGAUCGACAUCCGGUUGAUGCCCAUGCUCACCGCCAUGUACUUGGUAUCUUUCCUGGAUCGAGGAAAUAUCGGGAAUGCCAAACUUCAAGGAAUCCUCUCCUCGUUGCAUAUGACCAGUAACCAGUUCAACAUUGCUUUGACGAUGUACUUUAUCCCAUACUGUCUGUUUGAAUGCCCGGCAAAUCUAGUCCUUAAGAGGCUUCGUCCUUCAAGAUGGCUCCCUGGCAUCACGGUUGCAUGGGGCAUCAUAAUGGUGUCCAUGGGAUUUGUGAAGAAUUAUCCGCAGCUCGUAGGCACGCGCCUUCUCCUUGGUGUGGCGGAGGCCGGUCUGUUCCCUGGCGUUAUCUACUAUUUGUCCAUCUGGUACCCCCGCUACAAGCUUCAAUAUCGGAUAGCAGUAUUCUGGGGCGCUGCCGCAUCCUCUGGUGCAUUCUCCGGUCUCCUGGCGUUCGGAAUCAGUUUCUUGAGCGGCACCGACGGCUUCCUCGGAUGGUCGUGGAUAUUUAUACUCGAGGGCCUAUUGACUAUCGUGGUCGGUUUCAUCGCUUUCUUCGUCCUGUUCGAUUUUCCGGACACUGCAACGUUCCUCACUCCUGAAGAACGAGCCUAUGUGAUCCACAAAAAGAGUGCGUGUCAAUGGUCGAUGUUUUCUGCCCCGAUUGACUUGGCGACAGAGUACGACAACUCCUCCGUCGGCGAAGAGGAACAUUUCGAGCCCCGGCAUUUGAUUGCCGCGUUCACUGAUUGGCAGGUGUGGUUACAUGUCCUGGUGCAUACCUCAAUCAUCACGCCAGUUUUUGGCAUCACCCUGUUCCUACCGUCGAUCAUCAACGGAUUCGGGUUCGACACGGCGACGACUCAGUUGUUGACUGUUCCACCAUAUGUCUUUGCGACGAUCCUCAUCAUCAUCUUUGCGAACAUCUCGGACAGGAUCAAGAUGAGGUUCCCGUUCGUCACCAUCGGCCACAUCAUGUGUCUCAUCGGGUUUUCCAUCAACAUCUCCCCCGUGUCCAUCGGUGCCAAGUACCUGGGGACCUUCUUCAUCGUAGGCGGAUGUUAUUCCGCCUUUCCUGCUGUGGUCGCAUGGUUGGCGAACAACCUCUCGGGCCAGUACAAACGCGGCGUCGGUACGGCGAUGCAGAUUGGGAUCGGCAACUUCGGAGGCGCCGUGGCGUCUAACAUCUUCCGCGCUCAGGAUGCUCCACGAUACGUCCUUGGCUAUGGCAUCAUGCUCAUGUACAUCGGCAUCGGGAUGAUCGCGGUCCCCAUCGUCGUGCUCAACUACCGCCGCAUCAACGCCCGCCGGGACAAAGCGGAGGCGGACGGGAGGGUGGACUACGAUCCGGCCGAACUGAGGAGGUUGGGCGACCGAGCACCGGACUUCAGGUAUACGCUAUGA